GAUAAUAUAGGGACUGACACGUGGCAAAAGAUCAUCCACUGCUGACAGUUCUAUUGUGCAUCUCAGUUUACCACCCAAACAUCAUCAAGCUCUUCUUUGGAAACCUAUGGCUUCUGCUUUGCUUUCUCCAGCUACAAGUGCACAUCCUAAGUCCCUUUCUCUCUCCUUCACUAAACCCAUCAAGCAAAACCAUUUCUUUUCCUUCAUCAACCGACCGAAAAGAAUCAAUAUCAAGUGCAAUGCAUUUUCAGAUAAUAUAAUAGAUGGGUUGGCAGAUACAGUUGCUUCUUUACCGGUUAUUGGUUCUAGUUUUGUAGAAAUACAGGAGAUUGCUGAUACAUUACCGGAAUCUGAAAAGUGGGGAAUCGCGGUGUUUGCUGGUUUGGCUUGGAUAUACCUGACUGCAAGGCCUGGAGUGCUUAUUGGAGCCGUUGAUGCAUACAUCCUAGCUCCUUUGCAAGUGGGUCUUGAUACCUUGACAGGCAGAAGGAGACUAAAGAGGUCAGAUUUUCUGAUUACUGAUAAGAUAGGUGAGGGUUCCUUUGGUGUGGUCUAUUCUGGGGUGGUUCUGCCGAAGAAUGUAAAUGUGGGAGAAAAUGUGUCUAAGAGAAGCAUGGCAAAAGUUCUUGAAUCUGACAAGAGAUUCAAGGAAAAGGUUAUAUUAAAGCAGGUAAAGCUUGGAGUUAAAGGGGCCAAAGAAUGUGGUGAUUUUGAGGAGUGGUUUAAUUACAGGUUAUCAAGAGCUGCUCCAGAAACCUGUGCUGAUUUUCUUGGAAGCUUUAUAGCUGACAAAACAAACUCACAGUAUACAAAAGGUGGAAAGUGCCUUGUUUGGAAAUUUGAGGGAGAUCUAGACCUUGCAGAUUACAUGAAAGACCGUAACUUUCCUGUAAAUUUAGAGAAUAUCAUGUUUGGUCGAGCAUUAGAAGGAAUGGAUUCUCUUGAGCGCAAUGCAUUGAUCAUCAAGCAAAUAAUGAGACAGAUAAUCACUUCUCUGAAGAAAAUUCAUGACACUGGCAUUGUUCAUCGGGAUGUAAAGCCAGCAAACUUAGUAGUGACAAAGAAAGGACAGAUCAAGCUCAUAGAUUUUGGGGCCGCAGCUGAUCUUCGUAUAGGUAAGAACUAUGUCCCAGAUCGUGGCCUGCUGGACCCUGACUAUUGCCCUCCUGAACUGUAUGUACUCCCAGAGGAAACCCCAAGGCCGCCUCCAGAGCCCAUUGCUGCAUUACUCUCUCCCAUUUUAUGGCAGCUCAAUAGCCCUGAUCUAUUUGACAUGUAUUCAGCUGGGAUAGUUCUUCUGCAAAUGGCUGUACCAUCUCUGAGGUCCACAGCAGGCUUAAAAAACUUUAACAAUGAAUUGAAGUCUGUAGGAUAUGAUUUAAACCGCUGGAGGGAGCGCACUCGAAGUAGGCCUGAUCUAAGGAUAUUAGAUCUGGACAGGGGAAGAGGAUGGGACCUUGUAACAAAGCUUAUCUCAGAGGGGGGAUCCUUUAGACAAGGUCGUUUAUCAGCCGCUGCUGCUCUUAGACAUCCUUAUUUCUUGCUUGGUGGUGAUCAAGCAGCUGCAGUUCUCUCUAGAUUGAGCUUGACCAGAUAGUAAUCCUUCAGGAUCUUGUGCACCUGUUUUUUCAAGGCUCUUUUCAUUUUUGUAAGUAUCAUCAGUAAUAUCCUCCUACCUAUUUCAUUGCAACUUUUUCCAAUAUGAAUAUACAAAUAACAAACAGAGCUUUUGUUGAGAGCUUA